AGCAAUAAGCGCACUUUUUCACCUGCUCUCACCUGUAUCAAGUGCCGCGCCCCGGGACAAGUGUGUCUCUCCCUGUGAACUACCACGGAACAUCUCCCUGCGAUUAUAAACUCAAACACUGAGCUGUGUCAGUUUUACUCGGUGAUAGUUACUGUACUUGUCACAGUUGUAGCUGGACCUGCAGAGUGCUGGUGUGUUGACUUAUUUUAGGCACGAGUUUGUUCAAAGACGUGAGAGCGUAGUGGCGACGGCCCCCGCUGGCCGCCACGUGACAGUGUUUCUUUCUGGCUGUUACCUUCCGCUAUGAGGUGACCUGUGGCGGCGUGACCCCUUGACCCCCACCACCACCACCACCAUGUCGUACGAGGUAGCCAGCGUCAUCACACGAGGCAGUCCCGCCCUGGCCCACAGCAGGUCUCCCUCACCCCUCGGCAGGCGCUCCCCGGCCUCCACCGUGGGGAUGGGCGUGUUGUCGGAGGCUCACAGGACGUCCACUGCCACGCCCGAGGUCUCUAGCACGAGUCCCACGCCCGCCAGGAGCUCCGACAGCGGCGCUUCAUCCCCUAAGACCUCAUCGCCUCCCUCCCAUAAGUCCUUCAGCAUCUCCAGCAUCCUCAGCCGCGACGACCCCAAGAAGGACGCCAACUGUGACUCCCCCUUCUCCUUCGCCCACCAACACGACGCCCUAGCGGCCAGACUAGGGUUGAUGAGCCACAUGUCAGCACUGGCCCGACAUCCCUUUCUCUCACUCUACCCGGAGUUGGGAGGAGUCACCCCUACCUCCCCCAUGACACCCUUAGGGGGAAUGGGUGUACCCCUAGCAGCCAAGUCCCCGUGGUACCCACCCUGGGCCCUGCCACCCCUAGCAGCCUUCGCCUCUGCUAGGGAGAAAGAUACAGGGUCGCCAGCUGGUGGAGGUCCAGGGAGUCCCCUGAGUGAGGCGCCCGUGGAAGUGGUUCGUUCUCGCUCUCCCUCGCCACUCGCCCGUUCACCUUCACCACCCCCCUCGCCACCCUCGCCCUCAUCUAGGGAUGACCACCAUCGGGCGGGGGACGCAGACGGCGUAGGGGGCGUGGGUAGCAGCAGUGGCGGUGCGGCGUCCACGAAUAGCGGAGGCGCGGGAGACGACGCCGACGAAGACCGUAAGCGACGCAAGAAGAAGACGCGGACGGUGUUCUCGAGGUCUCAGGUGUUCCAGCUGGAGAGUACCUUUGACAUGAAGCGCUACCUCUCCUCCUCUGAGCGGGCGGGGCUGGCUGCCUCCCUCCACCUCACAGAGACACAAGUCAAGAUAUGGUUCCAAAAUCGACGCAACAAGUGGAAGAGACAGCUGGCGGCUGAGCUGGAGGCCGCCAACAUGGCCCACGCCGCUCAGCGCCUCGUGCGAGUGCCUAUCUUGUACCACGACGGGUCUACAUCUGAGAACGCCCACACCCCGCCAGCGCCGCCCCAACCCCCAGGCCUUCCCCCACAGCCUACAGCCCUCCCGCCCUACUCCCUCUACUAUCCCCCCGUCAGCUCAGCCUACGCCACUACCGUACAGGCGCCCACACCCGUCAGACCCACCCUCUCCUCCCUCGUGUAAGCACCCCCUCCCUCCCUCCCUCGUCGCCUCCACGACCUUCGGAAAAACAAUCCCCUAAGACCCCUCGCAACUCAUAGUUGGGUCAUACCCCCACAACACCACCUUGACAACAUGGCGGUGUUGUAACAGCGCAAAGAGUGAAUGUGUUUGUUAUAUUUCUGCAUCCCCGCUCCCUGUACUUCUAAGACCUCCUCCUCUCCCUAACUACACCUCCCCACACAACCACGCAAGGAACCACUCAACCGCGACGACAACCAAGUCGAAUAAAGUGAGUCAGAGUAUCUCCACAAAGUGACCAAAGAAACCCAAACUUUUCGGUGGUAGAGAAGGACGACCUUCAUCGUUGGCCAAGACGCUACUCAUGCACAGCGCAGACAAUUACUGACCAAUGGGAACACGCGGCAUCGACGGGCCAGUGACAAUAGCAGUGUGUUUCCGAACUCGCCAAGUGUAUGUGUGUGUGUGUGUGUAUCUACGUCAAGACAGGAAAAGUGAUGUUUGCUAGAUAUUUAUGUUGCCACAAUGUUUAAUUAAACUCUAGUGAUGAUAAAAGUUGUACAAAAUAAUGGAUGUAAAGUGUAAAUAUUGAAUAUAUCUCUAUUUAUUGUUUUCUUUUUCUUAGUCAUUUCUUAUUUUAUUGUUGGUUUCCGACUAACUGGUAAAAGAAUAAUAAUUUUCACCUCAAUUUACAAAACAAAUACAAACAUUUUUCAACCGAAUUUACAUAAAUACAAAAUUAUCAAUUCAGUU